CGAAAACGACAGAUUUCUUCGCAAUUUCGUCCAGUACGCAGAGUACAGCGGAGCAGACCACGACAACAACGACGAGGCUAAGUGUGACUGAUUAAAAACAAAUACGACCAAAAGUAAAAUUAAAUAAGAAAAGUGACAGUAUUUCAAUAAUAUUUAUUAAAGCUAAAAGUAUCCAACAUGUCAGCAGAAGCAACAAAUGGCAGCAGCCCCGCUCCCGCCGCGGAACCACCAGUUGCUGAGGUCGCACAAUUGGCCUUGGAUGAUGCGCCCAAAGUUAGUUUUGCCGAUCAGUUCAAAGCCUUCUCCAAAUUCGGUGAUACAAAAUCCGACGGCAAAUUGAUUACGCUGUCGCAGAGCGAUAAAUGGAUGAAGCAAGCUAAAGUAAUCGACAAGAAGAUCACUACUACUGACACGGGCAUACAUUUCAAGAAAUUCAAGGCAAUGAAAAUCUCACUUGCCGAUUAUAAUAAAUUCCUGGACGAUUUGGCUAAAGCGAAAAAAGUCGAAUUGAGUGAAAUUAAAUCGAAGAUGGCCGGUUGCGGCGCUCCAGGUGUGCUGCAGGUUUCGGCUGGCAAAGCCGCAUCGGCCGUGGAACGUCUUACCGACACCAGCAAAUAUACUGGAUCUCAUAAAGAACGCUUCGAUGCCACGGGCAAGGGCAAAGGCAUUGCUGGUCGCAAAGACUUGGUGGAUGCAUCUGGCUAUGUAUCCGGCUACCAGCACAAGGACACCUACGACAACGCUCAUUAGAAGCAAUAAAUUGGCAUGCAUUAAUAUAUAAUCUUUAAAAAAUUGUAUGAUUAAAAAUCACAAAAAGGCACAAAUGAACAUAAAUGUAGAUUUUAGAUGCCACAAUCCUUUGUAAUGCAUUUUUUAAUAAUCAAGCUUAAAUAGUUUAUAUUAUAUGUAAAGCGACACUUAUGUAACAGUACGUAUUAAUUUACACACAACUUGUGGUCACCCUUCCCAGGAAAGUGUUGAAUUUUUGUGAUACUUUAAAUUAAUAUUAAACAAAUAAAAUGAUCUAAAAUAAUUUAUUUAUUAAAGAUUGGCUCUCAUCUUUCACAA